CACGGGCGGAAUAGUGGAAAGAGCAGGGAGAGUACUGCGGCAGCUGGCGGUGUAGCGGAGGGAGACAAAAUCCCCAAAACCCUAUGCGGUGCGGCUGCUUAGUUUUUCCGGCUUCACUGCAAAUCUCACAGACCGGCGAAAGAGAUCUACAUCCUCGCUUGAUGUACCGCCUGUGAUUAUUUGAAUAAAAUAGACAUGUUUUUAAAUGCAAUCUCUUAAAUGGUUUGAAUGGGGAAGAUAUAGUCUUUUUAAUAUUGUAUCGCCUGUAAUUCUCACAGACGAAAUCUAAGAUAAUCACUUUAUUUUUAUAUCAUAACUAGAUAUCCAACUGUCAACUUCGUUCGUAAGUUGCAGCUGAGUGAAAAUAGCUUUGAAAACCCUUCAGAAGGCAGUAUCAGUCUUGAUUAUUGCUGUAAAGAUUUAAAUUCUUAUAAGAAUUUCAACCUCAAGCGAGUGACACCUUUGAAGCGUUUCAUCACCUGAAGAGAACCAACUGAUUACGCCAACAUGGGGUAUGGACGGUCAGACAGUUACCGCGUGGCCACCACGCAAGACAAGGAUGACAAGGACUCUCCCAAGAAGAAGAACAAGGCUAAAGACCUUGAUGAGCUGAAGAAAGAAGUACCACUGACGGAGCACAAGAUGUCCGUGGAAGAAGUCUGCCGGAAAUUCAACACCGACAUCGUCCAGGGUCUGACCAACGCCAAGGCGGCCGAGUAUCUGAUCCGGGACGGACCCAACGCCCUCACCCCCCCUCCCACCACGCCGGAGUGGGUCAAGUUCUGUCGCCAGCUGUUCGGAGGUUUCUCCAUCCUGCUGUGGCUCGGAGCCAUCCUCUGCUUCCUGGCCUACGCCAUCCAGGCCGCCACCGAGGACGAUCCCGCCGGGGACAACCUGUAUCUGGGCAUCGUGCUGUCGGCUGUGGUCAUCAUCACCGGCUGCUUCUCCUACUUCCAGGAGGCCAAGAGCUCCAAGAUCAUGGAGUCUUUUAAGAACAUGGUGCCCCAGCAAGCCCUGGUGAUCCGGGAGGGGGAGAAGAUGCAGAUCAACGCUGAGGAGGUGGUGGGCGGAGACCUGGUGGAGGUGAAGGGUGGAGACAGAAUCCCCGCUGACCUCCGCAUCGUCUCCUCUCACGGCUGCAAGGUGGAUAACUCCUCUUUGACUGGCGAAUCGGAGCCCCAGACUCGGUCACCUGACUGCACCCAUGACAACCCCCUGGAGACUCGCAACAUAGCUUUCUUCUCCACCAACUGUGUAGAAGGCACGGCGCGCGGCAUCGUGGUCUGCACUGGCGACCGCACGGUGAUGGGCCGCAUCGCCACCCUGACGUCGGGCCUGGAGACGGGCAAGACCCCCAUCGCCAAGGAGAUCGAGCACUUCAUCCACCUGAUCACGGGCGUGGCCGUCUUCCUGGGCAUCACCUUCUUCAUCCUGUCCAUCGUGCUUGGCUACUCCUGGCUGGAGGCCGUCAUCUUCCUCAUUGGCAUCAUCGUGGCCAACGUGCCGGAGGGGCUCCUGGCCACCGUCACCGUGUGUCUGACCCUGACGGCCAAGCGCAUGGCCAAGAAGAACUGCCUGGUGAAGAACCUGGAGGCCGUGGAGACCCUGGGCUCCACCUCCACCAUCUGCUCCGACAAGACCGGGACGCUGACCCAGAACCGCAUGACCGUGGCCCACAUGUGGUUCGACAACCAGAUCCACGAGGCCGACACCACCGAGGACCAGUCCGGCACCUCCUUCGACAAGAGCUCGGUCACGUGGGUGUCGCUGGCGCGCGUGGCCUCCCUCUGCAACCGGGCGGUGUUCAAGGCGGGCCAGGAGAACCUGCCCAUCCUGAAGCGGGACGUGGCGGGCGACGCCUCCGAGUCGGCCCUGCUCAAGUGCAUCGAGCUCUCCUGCGGCUCCGUCCGGCUCAUGCGCGACAAGAACAAGAAGGUGGCCGAGAUCCCCUUCAACUCCACCAACAAGUACCAGCUUUCUGUGCAUGAGACUGAGGACCCCAACGACAACCGCUACCUGCUGGUGAUGAAGGGCGCCCCCGAGCGCAUCCUGGACCGCUGCUCCACCAUCAUGAUCCAGGGCAAGGAGCAGCCCAUGGACGAGGAGCUGAAGGAGGCCUUCCAGAACGCCUACCUGGAGCUGGGAGGACUGGGGGAGAGGGUGCUGGGGUUCUGUCACCUGCUCAUGCCGGAGGACCAGUACCCCAAGGGCUUCGCCUUCGACUGCGACGACGUCAACUUCCAGACGGACAACCUGUGCUUCGUGGGCCUGAUGUCCAUGAUCGACCCGCCCCGCGCCGCCGUGCCCGACGCCGUCGGCAAGUGCCGCUCCGCCGGGAUCAAGGUCAUCAUGGUGACCGGCGACCACCCCAUCACCGCCAAGGCCAUCGCCAAGGGCGUCGGCAUCAUCUCCGAGGGCAACGAGACCGUGGAGGACAUCGCCGCUCGGCUCAAUAUUCCCGUCAGCCAGGUCAACCCCAGGGAUGCCAAGGCCUGUGUGAUCCAUGGCACAGACCUGAAGGACCUGUCCCAGGAUCAGAUAGACGAUAUUCUGAGGAACCACACUGAGAUCGUCUUCGCCAGGACCUCCCCCCAGCAGAAACUCAUCAUAGUGGAGGGCUGCCAGAGACAGGGUGCCAUUGUGGCCGUGACAGGGGACGGCGUGAACGACUCUCCCGCCCUCAAGAAGGCCGACAUCGGCGUCGCCAUGGGGAUCUCCGGCUCCGACGUCUCCAAGCAGGCCGCCGACAUGAUCCUGCUGGACGACAACUUCGCCUCCAUCGUCACCGGCGUGGAAGAGGGCCGCUUGAUCUUCGACAACCUGAAGAAGUCCAUCGCCUACACCCUGACCAGCAACAUCCCAGAGAUCACGCCCUUCCUCCUCUUCAUCAUCAUCAACAUCCCGCUGCCACUGGGCACCAUCACCAUCCUGUGUAUUGACCUGGGCACUGACAUGGUGCCAGCUAUCUCCCUGGCCUAUGAAGCGGCUGAGAGUGACAUCAUGAAGAGGCAGCCCAGGAAUCCCCGCGUGGACAAACUGGUGAACGAAAGACUGAUCAGCAUCGCCUACGGACAGAUCGGCAUGAUCCAGGCUCUUGGCGGUUUCUUCAGCUACUUUGUCAUCUUGGCAGAAAAUGGCUUCCUCCCCUCAAUACUAGUGGGAAUCCGGCUCAACUGGGACGACCGAGCUACCAAUGACCUGGAGGACAGCUAUGGGCAGCAGUGGACGUACGAGCAGAGGAAGAUCGUGGAGUUCACCUGCCACACGGCCUUCUUCGUCAGCAUCGUGGUGGUGCAGUGGGCCGACGUCAUCGUCUGCAAGACCAGGCGCAACUCCGUCUUCCAGCAGGGCAUGAAGAACAAGAUCCUAAUCUUCGGGCUGUUUGAGGAGACGGCUCUGGCUGCUUUCCUGUCCUACUGUCCAGGCAUGGACGUGGCCCUCAGGAUGUAUCCACUAAAGUGAGUACUGUCCCACACCUUUCUGUCCCAAAUCUCGCACACACCUCCAGCAACCAGCGCAAAUGGCCGUUUCUGUCCCAAAUCUCGCACACACCUGCGGCAGCCAAUGAAAACGGCCGUUGCUGUUCCGAAUCUUGCACACACCCACAGGGGCCAAUGAAAAUGGCCGUUUCUGCAAGUAAACUCACACUUUGC